AUCCUCCCCGGAAACAAGAAGCCAGAACCUGCCCCAAAUUCCUCGAAUCCCAGAGGCCAAAACCCUCCUCCUCCCGUCCCCCACCGCCGGCCAUCUCCUCCGCCGCCGAUGGAUCUCUCCACCGUGCACGCGGCGCUCGCCGCCAACUCCUACCCCGACCUCGCCCCCAUCUGCGACGACCUCUUCCUCCAGGUCGCGUCCCAGGGCGUCGCCACCGACGGCUGGCCGUACGCCGUCCACCUACUCGCCCACCUCUACCUCAACGACCUGAACAGCGCGAGGUUUCUGUGGAAGACGGUGCCUCAGGAGGUGAAGGACGCGCAUCCGGAGCUUGCCGCCGUCUGGAAGAUUGGCCAGUGCCUCUGGAACCGCGACUACGCCGGCGUCUACACAAGCGCACAUGGGUUCGAGUGGGGCCCUGAGAUCGCUGAUUUUGUGGCUGCCUUCGUAGAAAGCUACAGAAAGAGGAUAUUCGAGCUGUUGACUUCUGCAUAUUCCACAAUCAGCGUUGCAGAUGUGGCUCACUUCAUGGGGAUGAGCGAGGAGGAUGCUACUAACUAUGCUGUGCAAAAUGGUUGGAGUCUGGAUGCGGCAGCCAAGAUGCUUACCGUCACAAAACAAAAGCCGCAGACGAACCAGAAGCUCGAUGCAAGCAAACUGCAGCGUUUAACUGAAUGUGUUUUCCACCUGGAGCACUGAUGUCCUGGCACCAGUUACUUUUUCUACUCGUAAGGCAUAGUAUUAAUCAUGCAUGGUAACAUAAUACUGUAUGACUAGAUUGUGUUUUGGCUGGAAAGGAAUCUCAGCCAGUACUUAAUACGCUUGUGGGAUUGUCUUCUGGUUACCGAGCUUGCCUUUUCUGUUUCA